GAAAAUGUGAACAAUAUGGUGGCGAGCUGAGCCUGAGCUCUAGGCUCUGCCCUGGACUGUCCCUUCAGGCCCGGGGCCUGCGCUCUCUCUGGGGCCGUCCUGCCUCUUUACCCCGGUACCACGAGCGGCUGGUAGGCUCCCGGGGUAUGAACCCAGCGGAGCAGCACAGAUGCCCGCCUCAGAGCCUCCGAGGAAGUGACAUGUUUGAGUGAUGGAGGCGCCUAUGUUUGAUUUCCCAGCCCGCGGGCAGGCCUUACAGUUUGGCGCCAACACUUUACACAGGUGUGUGAGGCUUUCUUUCAGGUGAGCCAAGAAACGGCACAAAACAGGAGGAGGGAGGGAAGUAAACAGUGUGUUAGCCUUUUCUCAUCGUUUCCUGUCAGAUGAGCUUUUUAAACAACCUGACGUCAUAUCCGUACGCCCUCCCUCCACAGGUUAGAUGUCAGGUGGAGAACACCUGCCACACCUUGCUGUGGAGUAAUGAGAUCUUACAUAUAUGAACCUGUUUGAACAGCCUCCACACACUGUACAUGAAAGAUGGAGGGAGUACUCAUCGUCAGCGUGGAACCCUCAGCAUUGAAGUGGUAGCUGCUGCCAUACUGGUUUUAUUUGGGGGCAGAAGUGAGCCCACUGUUUAGUAUUAGUACCUACCCGGGUAGGCUCGUCGCGAUUUUUAGGGUUCUCUGUUAGGGAUAGGUUAUAGUACCCGGUACUUUUUUGAACAUAUUCCACCGUGUUCCAAGCGAUCUGAAAAUGUGAUGUCAACAGACUGCAUGAUACCGAUUGACUAGUCAAUGGCGUCACUUGAGGAGUCAUGAGAGUGUCUCCUUCAUGAGCCACUAUUUUAAAAACCUGGCGACGAGGAAAUAGGCAACACAGAAACAAUACUGUGGUCCUCGAGUCCAUGAGGGAGUCUAUGAGAACUAACUCACUGCUGCCUCUGCUGGAAAAUAAAGGAACUGCAGCUUCUGGUGCUUAAGGUUACUGAAAAGUCAAGUGGAAAAGCACAAACAUGGAGUGAAAAUAUGAUUUUUGUUUAUCAGGGAGAACCUGCCGUUAUAUUUACCAACAGCUUCCAACACUGUAAGUUGACUUGAGCUUUUCACGUGACGUGUACGCCACUAUGAUAUGGCAAGGAGAGGGGCUCCUGGCUCCUCCUCUUCCUUGUGUCUUUAUGGGGAAUGUCAGGCUUGUGCCCCCUGUUGAAACAGCGUUCUGUAUCUAGGACUGGUGUCGCUCUGGCCUCUUCCACCUCCUGUUUAUUGACACAGAUAUGCUUUAAAAGUUAUAAAAACCAACAUCACACACAACAAAGACUGUUGUGUGUGAUGAGUCACUACACCUGUGUCUGUAUGACACCUGUGAGGCGGGUGAGUGCUGCUCCGUCCUUCACAGAUAGAGAUGCAACACAAAGUAAUAAAACAAAAGUGAUCAUAUGUGAUGAUGACGCGUUAAAAGCAAGUGAAUUAGAAAGUUACAGCAGAGAUAUAAUAACAUGUAAUAGUUGAGUAAUUUUAUAAAUGUCUUUAUUUACUUGUGGUUUGCAGAUAUGAACUGAAGCGGUCUGACAGAAGAAUCUACUAGCAUGCUUUUCAAUUUGAAGUUUACGGAUGAUACAGGAUGAAACGCCUCCGGUCCUCCAGCAGCAGUGACACUUCUGACAAUGAGAGUCCAUCGACCUCGUUCUGCUCCUCCAACAAAUAUGGGAGCAAACCUGGAACGCCUGCAUCCAACCCGAAGAAGCCAGCUGAGGUGUUCAGGAAAGACCUGAUCAGUGCAAUGAAGCUGCCUGACUCCCACCACAUCUCCCCAGAGGACUGCUACCUGCUGGCAGACACCUGGAAGCAGGAGUGGGAGAAAGGAGUGCAGGUACCAGCGAGCCCAGACACCAUCCCAGAGCCGUCCGUCAGAGUAAUCGCGGAGAAGCAGAAGGAAACGCUGUACACCCACCAGAAGAAGUACAUCCAGUGCUGGAGCCAGGAGUCCAAGGAGCCGGGUUUCGUGAGCAUCAAAGAGCUGGCGGAGGCCAUGUGCCGCUACGACCUGGAUGACAUGGACCUCUACUGGCUGCACGCGCUCAACCACGAGCUUGAACGCAUGGGUGAAGAGCCGUUGGACGAACUAAUGAUGGAGCGAGCGAUGGAGGCGCUGGAGAGGCAGUGCCACGACAACAUGAAGCACGCCAUCGAGACAGUGGAGGGUCUGGGGAUUGAAUAUGAUGAAGACGUCAUCUGCGAUGUGUGCCGCUCUCCGGACAGCGAGGAGGGCAACGACAUGGUGUUCUGUGACAAGUGCAACAUCUGUGUGCACCAGGCGUGCUACGGCAUUGUUAAGGUGCCCAUUGGUAACUGGCUGUGCCGGACAUGCGUCCUCGGUAUUGACCCGCAGUGCCUCCUGUGUCCCCAGAAAGGCGGGGCCAUGAAGGCGACACGAGCCGGCACAAGGUGGGCUCAUGUGAGUUGCGCUCUGUGGAUCCCUGAGGUGAGCAUCGCCUGUCCAGAGAGGAUGGAGCCCAUCACCAAAGUCUCCCACAUCCCCCCCAGUCGCUGGUCUCUGAUCUGCAGUCUGUGCAAGCUGAAGACAGGUGCGUGCAUCCAGUGUUCAGUAAAGAACUGCACCACCCCCUUCCACGUGACCUGUGCGUUCCAGCACAGCCUGGAGAUGAAGACGAUCCUGGAUGAAGGGGAUGAAGUCAAGUUCAAGUCGUACUGCCUAAAACACAGCCAGCCCAAAGCCGGAGAGGCCGGCUUGAGCCCGGCUCGAUCCAAAGCCCCUGGAGAGGCGGGAAAGGGGGGCCAGCGAGCUCAGCGGCUGCAGGAGCUGGAGGAGGAGUUCUACACCCUGAUCGAGCCCGAGCAGCUGGCCCGGGACCUUGGGCUGUCCCCGCACCUGGUGGACUUCAUCUACCAGUACUGGAAGCUGAAAAGGAAGAGCAGCUUCAACAGGGCUCUGCUGCCCCCUAAAGAGGAGGAGGAGCAGCUGGUGCUCCAGCCGCAGGAGGACAGCAUCCACACCCGGAUGCGCAUGUUCAUGCACCUGAGGCAGGACCUAGAAAGGGUGAGGAACCUGUGUUACAUGGUGAGUCGGCGGGAGAAGCUGAAGCUGCUGCAGAGCAAAGCUCAGGAGCAAAUGUUCAACUUGCAUGUGAAGCUCACGAACCAGGAGAUUUCUGCAGGUCUUCCUGCUUCGUUCCCCUUGGAGAGUGUGCUGUCCCGGCCUCCUCCGAGGAUCACUCUGAAGCUGAAGAUGCCCAAAGCUCUGGGUGUUGGGAACGGACCGCUGUGCCCAGACAACAGCGGGAACGUGGGUGAGCACGUCGGUGAGGGGGUGGGCCAGGGGAAGCCUCAGCUGCACGGCCGCAGCAUCAGAGACGAGCGCUCCACCAGCCGAACGUCUUCCACCAGCGGUGCACCGCAGCACGUUAAACCAAGCGGGAAACCUCUGACGCUGCACAGCGCACUUCACGGACAGCCUUCCAACAGCAAUGGCAGACUGGAGCGAGACCGAGCACGCCUGGCCAAAUCUAAUGGCGUGCUGGAGAAGGGCGCUGCUCAGAGGGACGGCUCGUGCCAGACGCCCGCUGACCGCAACACUGCAAACGAGAAGAGCGUCUUUCGCAAGUCCGCCAUGGAGCACUUUGGCCACUCCUUCAAACAGGCCACAAUCAACCUGGUCCGGACCACCGAGGACCUGCGGGCAGACAAACUGUCCCGGAAGAGCGGUGCCAAGGAGAGGCUGUGGGCCAAACCAGCACCGGAGCACCGCUUGAAGAGUGCGCGAUCGUAUCAGGACAGCGACGGGUACUGCCCCGACGCUGAGCUCAGCGACUCUGAGCCAGAGGCCAAAGGUCAGUGCAGGCGGCCACUCGGGCUGCCGGACAUUCCGAGGAAAGGGAAACAGGCACCGGGCUCCAGGCACGCCAUGCAGAGGUGACGGCUGUGCAAACUGCGGGGCUGACGGUCCGCACGAGGACGCACGGUGAAGGCGAUCGGCUCGCUAAGUCCUAACAUACCGACCAUGUUUCCGGCCCCAGCAUCUCUUGGAGCGCACGUGCAGAAACAUACACACCCAGCGCUGUCUUCCCAUCAUGUGACGAUGUUUGUCUUCACCCAUGUUGGUCCUGAGAACGGUCAGUGAUUUCACAGCUAAUGAGCAGGUCGCCAAGAAGAGGACAGGAUUUCUGAAGGGACGCUCGGGGUGGGAGGCGCUGGGGGGGACCCUAGUGUAUUGUGUGCACACGGGCAUGUAAAUAUCACGUGACUCCCGCCCGUCAGCGCUGCACGUCUCCUUGUCUCUGCCUUCACACCGAGGUGCUGCAACUCUUUGUCUACCUUUCUGAAAACACGAAUGCCUUCUGUGUGCAGAAACACUCCACACGCUUUAGCUUCCAGAAACAGUUAGAAACAAUAGAAACACAUUCCAUGGUGCGACAGACACUGGACUGAGGUCUUCAAUCAUCAUGAUGAGCCUUUAUUAUAUCACAAACUUUAAUUGUGAAAGCGAGCUGCAGUUUUUGUUACGAGGUGCAAUUCUUGCUGCUCAGCCCAAAAAAAAAUAGAAUAAAAAGUGGGCGUGCUCUUCUCCUUACUUCCUGUCGUGUACCUGCACUUCGUGCUCGAUGAUCGCGUCAGUUGAGCUCCAACUCCUCUGAACACUCAGUUUUUGUUUUGUUUUUUUUUGUAUACCUUUGGCCCUCUGAAGUCACAGAGAGAGAAUAGAAACCCCGCCUACAAGCUGUUUGGAACAGCUAGAGGGGCAGCUAAUCAGAAGACGAUAACCAGGAGCAGUGGUAAACAGCUUGUUUCAGGUGGAAGGGCUGUUGGAGCUGAGAAUCACGCAAAGUUGCUGUCAUGGGGUGGAGUUUAAACCUCAGCUGUGAUCUGAAAAUCAGGAAAACGUGUUCAGAGCUCGACUGACGCGUUCGGGUGUAGAAACAGGGUAAAAGACAACAUCUGUGCUGCUUCCACAUGAUCUAACCGCCUCUCUUACGGCAUCUCCACUUGUGUCACUACGAGCAGCCAAGAGGUUCGCUUUGAGGAUUAAACCAUCUUGGAGAGCGACUUCACUGCGAAUGCUUCAGUGUCGAUCAGGUUCAGUUACAACGUUCAAAUGCAACCUCUGGUGAAUGUGCGUGUGGUCUUGAGUCGACGUUCUGACCUUCAGAUGUCUGCUUUUGGUUUAUUGCAGUAAUGAUAUUAGUCGGCGGUCUGAGUUGAGCUGCGUGCACACUGUCACUCAGUUUUCGUGUCCCGUUUGCUGCCCACGAACCACUAAAGCUCGAGUGUCCGCAAACAUGGCCAAAACAGUGACAUCAUCUCCAGGACCAAAGCACCAGCAGCGUGACGCGGCUGUCGGAAGCUGGAGGCAAGCGCCAUAUUUGAAA